CUGCCUGCCCAUGUGGCCCCUCCUUUACCGGACUGGACCGAUAAAUGGGUUAACUCUGUCACCGGGAGUAGCCGCGAUAAACGCACCGGGAGAUCCCUUCCCUUCCCUCCGCUGCUGCCUCACCGAUCUGCGCUCACAGCGUCCAUCCACCGGCGCUGAUUCGACAGAGAAGACUGAAUUUGAACCGUGUUUUAUUAUUAAUAUUGUUUUUUAUUAUUUUCUAAGAGGCAGAGGCAGCAGCAGCAGCGGCGGCAGCGGCAGCUCCGGUUGUUAGACCCAGACCCGUGGGCGGCUGGGUGGCGUCCGUCUGGGCGAGCUGAUAGGACGAAGAUUUGGCACUCUAUCUACCAACUGCUUCAUCCCAAAUAUUUAAGAUAUGGCGAUGAGAAGUGAGAUGUAGAGAAAAACGGAUGGGAGGCCAUUCAUGUGCAGCUGAAAAAUCUCGCAGCAGCAUCCUCCUCCAUCCUCCUCCUCCUCCUCCUCACCACCUAACCAGUUGAUAUUUUAUACAAUAACUACCUAAAAAGUGCGGAGCACAUGCCACAGCGGUGAAUCCCCGAGGCAGGUCCCACACACGGACUUAAUGAGUCCAUCUCUGGUUGUCGGACGGACUCCUGAAGAGCACAGGACGUAUGCAAACGGACUAAACACAUCUUGGCCAUUCAGAAGACCCUCAGUGUCCUAACCGAGCGGGGCGCGUCUCACACCGGGGAGCAGUCGUCGUUUCACGGGCAGGGAGAAGAUGCCAUUCCACCAUGUGCGGGCGGGCCUGCUCUAUCCAGACAACUACCUGAGCAGCUCCCUGACGGAGGGCAGCGAAGCCUUCCAGCUCACCAGCAUCUCCACAGAGGAGCUGGGAGAGAUCCGUGAGGCAUUUCGUGUUUUGGAUCGUGAUGGGAAUGGUUUCAUCUCCAAACAGGAGCUGGGCAUGGCCAUGCGCUCCCUGGGUUACAUGCCCAGCGAAGUGGAGCUGGCCAUCAUCAUGCAGAGACUGGACAUGGAUGGGGACGGCCAGGUGGACUUUGAGGAGUUCAUGACGAUAUUGGGGCCAAAACUGCUGUCGUCCGACAACAGAGAAGGAUUCCUCGGAAACACCAUCGACAACAUCUUCUGGCAGUUUGACAUGCAGCAGCUGUCUCUGGAUGAGCUGAAGCAGGUGCUGUUCCACGCCUUCCGGGACCAUCUGACAAUGAAGGACAUAGAGAACAUCAUCAUCACCGAGGAGGAGAGCCUCAAUGAAACCUCAGGGAACUGCCCUGAGUACGAGGGAGUCCAUCCCAAGAAGAAGAACAGGCAGACGUGCGUCAGGAAAAGCCUGAUCUGCGCCUUCGCCAUGGCUUUCAUCAUCAGUGUCAUGCUCAUCGCGGCCAAUCAGAUGCUGCGGAACGGCAUGGAGUGACCAGUUGCACUGUGAGCAUGGGGAGUGGACAGAACAGCCAUGACCUCACAUCUUGUCUUUGCAGCCAAAGCAGGAGCAGCCACAACCAGAGCCCUUCUCGAAACAAUCAGUUGAGUUUUUGUUUUUUGAGUUUAAUUUGAACUACUAGACGCAGAGAGUUUGCAUUGAAGAUGUCACCACGUAGAGUUAACCAGACUUGAACCUGAACUGGAAAACAAUUACGUUUUUAUAUAUAUAUCUAUAUACAUAGAUAUAUAUGUAGAAAUAUAUAUAUAUUAACCCCAAGAAUUUAUGGAGGGGUUUUUAUUUUGAGCCACCCUUUAAACUUGAUUUUCUAAUUACUGAAAAUGUUUAUCAGGUGCUUUGAGCCAUUCCUAAUUUUCAAAAACAAAUCGUGGUUAUUAUGGACACAUUUUACCCGAGAGAAGUAGCGUUGAAUGUGAGUGAAUGUUGGUUAAAGUAUUUAAAUGCAUUGUAAAUCCCUCACAUCUCAUAUUGUCGUGUAAGAACAUCACAUCAUCCACUCAGUCCUCUAAUCUUUGGGCACAUGAGGAGCACAACUCAAUACUCAGUGAGGGACCAGUUAACAAUCAUCACUGUCCCAUUACCUCUGCUAGACGUCUCUGCAAUCAUUGAUUUAUUCAUUGACUGCUUGCUUUACAUUUUGCGUGUGAACGAUGUAAGCUCAGGCUGUCAGAGAGGCAAAGGAAGA